AUGGGUGCCGGUGCAAGUACUCCGUCGCCCGAGCCGCCUGCGGCUGGUGUAUGCCCUGUUGACCACAAAACCCGCGAGGCCUGGUUGCAGCAGCACCAAGCAUCUGGCGGCGCUGCACCUCCUCACCCUCUACCCUCCGAAGGUGGACAGGAAUCGAAAGGCAAAUCUCAGAGGCCUCUGUCGACCGACCGUGAAGUGAGCAGUAUACCGCGCGCCAUUGACACUACCUCCCAGCCGUCGAGUGCCGACUCGUCAAAUGCGCCCGCGUCACCUUACGCUGCCACGGCCGCAUCGCAUGGCACCCCAUCCAAUGCAGAAGCUGAAACCGGUCAUGACCCGAACACUGGAAACUGGAUCUAUCCGUCAGAACGGCAAUUCUUCGAAGCUCUCGUGCGCAAGGGCAACACUCCUAGCUCUACAACCUCCGCCUCCGAACUAGCGACUACCGUCGCAUCCAUCAUUCCUAUCCAUAACGCCGUCAAUGAGCGCGCCUGGCAGCAGAUCUUGCAAUGGGAAAGCCGGGCCCCCAUGUCGGACCCCGGUAGCAAGAAAUGUGGAGGCCCAAAGCUGUAUGCUUUCCGCGGUCUGGGUGUCGACCCGCAGUUCCUGAGCCCCCGCGCCCGUAUAAAUAACCUGAUGGGCUACCAGCUUCCCUUUGAUCGGCACGACUGGGUUGUGGAGAGAUGUGGUGGUGAAAGGAUCGAAUAUGUCAUCGAUUUCUACCAAGGGAAAUCGUCGGGUGCAAACAAUGCUCCCGGCCUGGCUGCCAAUGCUGGACCCGGCAAGCUCAGCUUCUACCUGGAUGUCCGGCCGAAACUGAACACAGUGGAGGGCUGCCGCAUGAGAUUCAGCAAGUUUAUGGGACUGUAA